GCCCUCCGCCCGCGGGGUCUCGGCUCCGCGCGGGGUGUGGAGGGGCCUCUGGAGGGGGCGGGUUCGCUCGAGCCAGAAAGCCCGGAGCCGCCCAGGAAUUUUGGCUGGGACUGCGAGCAUUUCCUCCCGGGCGGACCGGCGCGAUCCCGGGGAGGGCCGCGGCGGGCGGACGGCACCAUGCGGCCCCUGCUCUGCGCGCUGGCCGGGCUCGCCCUACUCCGCGCCGCGGGCGCCGACGCCGCAUCUCACACAGACCUCUGCCAGAGGCAGCUGGCGCUCAUCCUAGUUGUUCAGACGGUGGAGAAGACAGUGGAGCACCUGGAGGCAGAAGUGAAAGGCCUGCUGAGCCAGCUGGAGGAGCUGGCCUGGAACCUGCCCGCUGGGCCUUUUGGCCCCACCCCCGACCUCCUCGGAGAUGAUCGUUUUUGAGCACCGGAGCCCGAGUUGCCCAGUAUUGGGAAGUGACAAACCUGGUGAACAGCUCUCCUCUGAANG